UCAUUUUAUUUUGCCGCUAUCACUUCUUCGGCUCCUUCUUCAUCCUCUCUCUCUCUAAAACCCCCCCUCACUCUCUCUCUAAAAAAACCCUUCAAAAUCUCAGUGAUUCCUGAUCACACUGAGCUAUUCAGACAAUCUGUACUUCUUAUCUCAACCUAUUUCACCAUUGUUUUGUGUGCUUUUGAAGCUUUGUUUCACUCCUUUAGCUUCAAUUCGUUGUUUGAUCAGUUGAUUUGGUGGUGAUCGUCAUACGGAUCAGUGAUCUGAUCGAUCGAUUGGUUUGAUUUGAUCUGUGUUUUGAAGUGAAGUGAAUCGAGAAUGGGCGAUUUAAGUGAUAAGGGUUCAGAGUGUGAUGAUAUGAUGAACUGCAAAAGCAGUCCGGAAAGAGGCGGAUCGGUUUCAUCGGACGGUGGGAGUCACUUGAUCAAAACUUGUGCUGAUUGUGGGACCACUAAAACUCCUCUCUGGAGAGGCGGCCCAGCUGGCCCUAAGUCUCUAUGCAAUGCUUGUGGGAUCAGAAGCAGGAAGAAGAGAAGAGCUCUGUUGGCAAUGGCAAAGGAAGACAAAAAAGCAAAGAAAAGCGCGGCGGCAGCCACCACAACCUCGGGCGGAGAUAGUCAAUCAAGCGGUUUGACCAGCAGCAAGAGUGAGAACACAGAUGAUUUUUGUUUGAAGAGGAGAUUAAUGGCUCUUGGAUCAGAGGUGGUUUUGCAGAGACCAAGAUCAAAAAUAACAAAAAGGAGGAAGCUUGGUGAAGAAGAACAAGCUGCAAUAUUAUUAAUGGCUUUAUCUUGUGGUUCUAUUUUUGCUUAAUUAAUUAAUUAUGAAACUUUAAGUUUAAAUUAGGGGUUUUUUUGAAUGGUGAAGAAUCAAAGAGUGAAGACCAACAUGUAUUGUUCUUUGAUUGGAAGUUCUAAUUUUGUUUUAUGAAAUUUAAUGAUUAUGGUUUAAUUUUGUUGGUAGUUUAA